AGACACCCUUGUUGCCAACUUUGUUGCAGCCACCUUUUAGGAUAAUCAUCAAUUCUGCCUGAAGGACUGAGGAAAGGCACCUGCAAAAGUUGUUGGCCAGUUCCGCUCUGCUGUAAGACUGACACCCGAAGGCAGCUGAGUCAUGGCUGCCUCUCCCGGAGCACCGGGAACUGAAAACAGUGUCAAUGUCUCUUCAGUGAAAGAAUACACGAGGCACAAAGCAAGAAUAUCCCACAAUGGGCAUGAGUAGUUUGAAAUUGCUGAAGUAUGUCCUGUUUUUCUUCAACUUGAUCUUUUGGUUCUGUGGCUGCUGCAUUCUGGGCUUUGGGAUAUACUUCCUGGUCCACAACAACUUCGGGGCACUCUUCCACAAUGUGCCCUCCCUCACGCUGGGCAAUGUGCUUGUCGUCGUGGGCUCCAUCAUCAUGGUGGUUGCUUUCCUGGGCUGCAUGGGCUCCAUCAAGGAGAACAAGUGCCUGCUUAUGUCGUUCUUUGUCCUGCUGCUGAUCAUCCUCCUUGCUGAGGUGACCUUGGCUGUCCUACUCUUCGUGUAUGAAAAUCAGCUUGAUCGCUCUGUGACUCAAGGCCUGAAUGACAGCAUCCAGCAGUACUACUUUGACAAUAGCACCAAGGAGGCAUGGGACUCCAUCCAGAAAUUUCUGCACUGUUGUGGUGUAAAUGGCACAAAAGAUUGGGCCAGCAAUCCACCAGCUUCUUGCCCUUCAGUCCCACAAGUUGAGGGUUGCUAUGGCAAAGCAAAAAUGUGGUUCCAGUCCAACUUCCUGUAUAUUGGCAUCGUCACUAUCUGUGUGUGUGUGGUCGAGGUGUUGGGGAUGUCCUUUGCGCUGACUUUGAACUGCCAGAUUGAUAAAUCCAGCCAGGCCCUUGGGCUGUGACCUGCUACUGCCUUUGCUGAAAAGACUUGUUUCAUCUCUGGAAAUCCAAAACCACCUACAGCAUGAAAGCCUAAUGGUCACCUUCCAGAUUGACAUCUUUGUCCCCCUCUCACCUCUUCCCUGUUUUGGUCCCUGUUUCACACAACCAGAGAAGAGGGUGUUGGCCAGGCACUUCCCACCUCAGAAAGCAAGAUAUUCACCCACUCAUCGUGGCAGCCAUGUCACUCAAAGCAGUGACACUAAUAUCUGAACAUUUUUUAGACACAAGAGACUAAGAGAACCUGUGGCACUAAUAGCUCACAAUCAAAGGAUGGGUGUGGGACUUAAAUUUUUGCAUCUUCCCAUUGUCAAACAAGUUUCUUGUCUCUGAAUCAAGCAAGAGACAAGCUAAAGGGACCUCUGGAGCCAGACCUACUGGAUCAUUGUCACAACCCUAUUUCCUUUAGACUGUGAGUCUUUGCGACAGAAAUGAUGGAGUACUCUUUCUUCAGACAGCGAGGUUUCAUUUCAAUCUCAUUCAUUUAUUCUGUCUCUCCAGAGGAAACUAUCUGAUCAUUCACAUCCUGACUUCAGCCAAUCUCUUAGCCUUUGAUUUACAUAACUGUGGAGGAACUCAGCAGGACCAGUAUCUCUCAUGGUUCAGUUGAUAAUCACAUUCAGAAGAGUUCUGCUCUGACUGGUGUGGCUCAGUGGAUUGAGUGCCGGCCUGCGAACCAAAGGGUCGCUGGUUCGAUUCCCAGUCAGGCCACAUGCCUGGGUUGCAGGCUAGGUCCCCAGUAAAGGGUGCAUGAGAGGUAACCAUGCAUUGAUGUUUCUCUCCCUCUCUUUCUCUCUCCUUUCCCCUCUGUCUAAAGAUAAAUAAAAUCUUUUUUAAAAAGUGUUCUGAUGUUAUUUCUUUACCACAUAAGGUUUUUGUUAAUGUACUAUUUUAGCUCUUUAAUAAAUA